ACUCAGCAAGCAACAGCAACAGCAGCAACAACAACCAGAACUCGGCAGCUUUUGAAGAAACCUUCGCAUUCAAACACCACUACAACACAAGACCUCACCUCAAACCAACCAAUAGUCCUUUACCCUCCAAAAUGAAGCCCACUACACCAACCAUCCUCGCCCUCCUCGCCUCCCUCACAUCCUCCCUCCCAACCAAAUCCCAACGCGACACAAUAAUCAUCCCGGAAGCCCAGCUCGUCCAAGCCCGCGCCUUCGCCUACACCUACUACACCGACGCCACCUUCCGCCUCGACAUCUCCGGCAAACCCUACUACACCCCCACCAACACUCUCAGCUGGCCCGACUACGCCGCCUACGUCCGCGCUUAUGGCAACUACCUCUGCUCCCUCCAAUACGUCGCUUACUGCGGCGACCAACCCACGAAUUUCGACCGUUUCGCUCGUCGUCCGACGUGUUGGCAGGAUCCCGAGUAUUACAAUUCUGUUGCGGAUGCUUGGAGGAAUCCCGCGGACUUUUGGGGGGCGAGACGCGUGGAUCCCUAUACUGGGGAGGUGUUUACGGGCGGGUUGGUGCAGUGUAAGACGGAUGCUGUUUCUGGGGGGCAGAGUUGUGUUGCGUGAGGGGGAUAGGUGGUAGGUUGGGGAAUGGAGAUAGAGAUAGAGAUGGAUUGAUGAACGGGUUGCAGAGAUAGAUAGAUCUAGAUGGCUUACCUGCUACGUGUGAGCUUUAUGAAUCUUCACGACUAAUGCUAAUCUGCAUACUUACGACUAUGU